AUGGAUGCUACAAGUAAUGGUACUUUGGCUCUUACAAGACAAUCCUCUUCUUUUCUUCAUCCUGAUGCAACAUUGCUUCUGAUUCUGUAUCGCUACGGAUUGGCAUUUAUAUUCUUUAUUGGAUUUUCGGGAAAUUUUGCAAGUUUAGUGACUUUCAUGAGUCCAAUUUUACGUGUUACAUCAACUGGAUGUCUAUUCUUUAUGGUCGCUAUUUCGGACAUGCUGUAUCUAAUGAUAUCAAUUUUUGAGUUUGUCGAAGUUGGCAUAGUACAAGGACCAGUUUUUCUAUCUGUUUACGACAGUGUAUGUCGCUUUCGUUGGUUUUCAAAAGGAUUCAUUCGAUUUUGUUCAGCUUGGUUUCUGGUAUUGAUAGCAAUUGAUCGUUGGGUGAGAGCACGUUUCCCAUUCAAAGUUAAUCAAUGGUGUACUCGUCGUAAUGCAUUAAUUACAGUGUUAAUCACUAGUGUUCUUGGUGUUGGUCUUCAUGGUCAUAUGUUAAGUGCUCAACUAUUCGGCGGUUACUUUCCUGGUAUUCCAUCACUUGCCUGCGGGGCUCUUAAUCAAUCUUUUUUCUAUUUGCGUUUCUUUUUUACUCAAUGGCCAAUUAUUCAGAUCACUUUCAUCUCAAUUAUUCCUGUAUUAUUAAUACUUGCUAGUAGUAUUAACAUUUAUCUUAUAAUUCACAAGGAAAAGAAUCGCAUACAACCAAUAAUUACCAGUAAUCAUGCACAUAGAAGACAAACACGUUUACAACGAAAUAUGUUACUCUUGAUGAUAUCAAGUGCCAUUUUAUUUUCUUCUACAACUUUGCCUAUUAGUGUUUGUCAAAUUAUUAAUGCCUAUCGAAUUGCUGCAAGCUUUAGUGUUGAUAUAAAUAAGGUCAUUAAUGAAGAAGCAAUUGUUAAUCUAAUACUUGAAUUUAACUAUGCUAUGGAUAAUCCUAAAUAUUAUGAAAUCUUCUAA